AUACAGAUUGGGAUGUUCAGUGCUAUAGAGAAUUCUCCAAAUAUGACGCAAACAGUUUUUUGUCGUCUGGUAAAAGGUCAACGCCAAGGGAAUGUUGCCACGAGGAUUAUUGCGAAAGCCAAGGCGUUAAGUGUCAAACAGAGCAAUACAGAUCGUACAUCGCAAGGAAGUUCUCAUCAACAUGGACUUGUCCCUCCGGAAAAUUAGUAAGCGUUACAUCAUGGUGCAAUGGUCAUUAUAACUAUGACUGCAAAGACAUUUGCCAGUCUUUAUCCAGAGAUAGAUGCGAAAACGGAGGUACCUGCGUUCCACAAGGCACGAAGUUCACGUGUUCAUGUCAACCAGGUUUUGAGGGGGAGAUAUGUCAAGUCAAUAUUGAUGAGUGCACGCCAAAUCCGUGCAAUACAACAACAAGCAUAAACUGUCUAGAUGGAGCUAAUGACUACACGUGUAAUUGUAAACCUGGAUAUACCGGCAAAUACUGUGAUACAGAUAUCAAUGAAUGCCUGAGCAACCCAUGUAAUACAAAAUAUACUGUUAAAUGUAUAGACGGAAUAAAUGACUAUACUUGCAUGUGUAAACCUGGAUAUACGGGCAAUAAUUGUAAUAAAGAUAUCGACGAAUGCGAAAGUUCGCCGUGUCAAAAUAAUGCCACGUGUAAUAAUAAAGAAAACAGAUUUACAUGUGAUUGUCCUCCAAGAUUGUAUGGUGUUGUAUGUGACACAAAUAUCUGUCACCCUACUCCAGCAGACGUCGUCUUUGUUUUAGAUUCAUCAGUGAGCAUGACAGAAGAUGAAUUCAAUAAACAGCUGGAAUUUGUUGCUAAUUUCAGCAAUACUGUCCCCAUUGGACCACAUGACUUCCAAAUUAGUGUCGUAACAUUUUCAUCUGAUGCACAUGUAGAGUUUUAUCUUAACCAGUAUAAAGACAACGUGUCACUCCAUGACGCUAUAAUGAACGUUACGUAUAAACGUGGGAUAACACGUACUGACAAAGGACUAGAAAAGGUAAUGACCGAAGUAUUCAGUCCAAACCAUGGCAUCGAAAGACGAAUAAAUGGUACACAAGCUUCUAAGUUUGUUUACGUCUUGACUGACGGCAUGUCUACAUACAGAAUGAAAACCAAGGAAAAAGCAAAUGAUUUGAGGUCUAUUGUGGAUACAAUUGCCGCCAUAGGAAUAGGAAAAGGAGUUUCUCACCAAGAACUGAUAGAUAUAGCCUCGGACCCAUCCUUUGUUUACUCCGUGCAGAACUUUAAUUCUUUGUACACCGUUCUCAAACGUCUGGUUCAUUUUGAUUGCGAUGAAUGUGAGACAAGUGCGGCAUCGGACGUUGCCAUUUUCUUGGAUUCGUCGUAUUCUGUACCAGCCGAACAAUAUAGCUUAAGUAUCGACGCUAUUAUACAUAUGAUUGACGUCAUGGAGCAUUUAAGCGUUAAUAAUACACGUGUUAGUGUGACGUCAUUUUCCGAUGAUAUAAGAAGCGCUAUUGGUAUGGGAGAGACCUUUAACAAAAAUGUCAUUAAAAGAACGCUCAAUAUGAUCGCACAAUCAAAUGUCAAGGCACAAGUACACUUAGAAACCGUUUAUGCUUAUGUCAGGGAUAACAUUUUCAAUAAAACAAUUUCUAGGCAGGGGGCAAAGAAAUUUUUCCUGAUUUUCACGAAUGGUAAAGCGGAUAUAAAUGACGAAAGUGCACUUGAAAGAGAUAAAGCAAUGUUAGAGGCUAACGAUGUAAAUAUUGUUGCCAUUGGUAGUGGAGGAGAUGUUAGUUUGGAAGGUUUACUUAAGCUGGUGACAGACCCGUUUAAUGUUUUUAUUACUAACAAAGAUUUGCCAAUGAGCAAUCUGGAUGUUUUGCAAUCUUAUUUCGUUUAUAACAAGUGCGACUUGAAAGGUGAAUAAAAUAUGUCACUGAAGAAA